GUGUUCAGUGUCGUGCAGUUAUGCAUGUUACUCAGGAGCAGUGACAACCAUGACGAAUAAAGACACUCUAGAUUCCGGCCGGAAGAAAAACGGCUCUGAAAUUUCAGAGUUGUGAGCUGCCAGUCUCACAGCGCCAACAUGAGUGACACGCUGAGCCCCAACAUCUCGGAUGGCAACACUGCCUUCCUGAGGGCGGCUCGCGCCGGUAACCUCGAGAAAGUCCUCGAACAUCUGAAAAACAACAUCGACAUCAAUACCUCCAACUCGAACGGUCUCAACGCCCUACACUUGGCCUCCAAAGACGGACACGUCGCUGUCGUCACUGAACUUCUGAAACGAGGUGCUUCAGUUGACGCCGCAACCAAGAAGGGCAAUACUGCGCUGCACAUUGCUUCACUUGCUGGUCAAGAGGAAGUUGUGAAACUGCUUGUAACAAAUGGUGCUGCAGUCAAUGUGCAGUCGCAGAAUGGAUUCACUCCGCUCUACAUGGCAGCUCAAGAAAAUCACGACAACGUCGUCCGGUAUCUGCUCGCUAAUGGCGCCAACCAGAGUUUGGCGACAGAGGAUGGGUUCACACCACUGGCUGUGGCCAUGCAACAGGGUCACGACAAGGUUGUUGCAGUAUUACUUGAAAAUGACACAAGAGGCAAAGUGCGUCUGCCUGCUUUGCACAUUGCUGCCAAAAAGGAUGACUGCAAAGCAGCAGCCUUGCUGCUACAGAAUGAUCAUAAUCCAGAUGUGACCUCAAAGAGUGGAUUCACUCCUCUCCAUAUUGCAGCUCACUAUGGAAAUGAAAAUAUAGCAAAUCUUCUUCUCAGUAGAGGUGCUGAUGUUAAUUACUCUGCUAAGCACAACAUAACACCACUUCAUGUAGCGGCCAAAUGGGGCAAGACCAAUAUGGUAUCCUUACUUUUGGGGAAAGGUGCUAACAUUGAAUCAAAAACACGAGAUGGACUGACACCACUGCACUGUGCUGCCCGUUCAGGCCAUGAACAGGUAGUUGACAUGAUGCUAGAGCGAGGGGCACCAAUAAGUUCAAAGACCAAGAAUGGACUGGCACCUUUGCACAUGGCAUCACAAGGAGACCAUGUUGAUGCAGCAAGAAUUCUCUUGUACCAUCGUGCACCAGUUGAUGAAGUGACUGUAGACUACCUUACUGCCCUGCAUGUUGCAGCUCACUGUGGUCACGUGCGAGUAGCUAAGCUACUACUGGAUCGCAAAGCUGACCCAAAUGCCAGAGCACUCAAUGGAUUCACUCCUCUCCACAUUGCUUGCAAGAAAAAUCGCAUAAAGGUGGUUGAGCUGCUCCUGAAACAUGGUGCAUCCAUUGAAGCAACAACUGAGUCAGGACUAACACCACUUCAUGUAGCAAGCUUCAUGGGUUGCAUGAAUAUUGUGAUCUAUCUCUUGCAACAUGAUGCAAAUCCUGAUGUUCCAACAGUUCGUGGAGAGACACCCUUGCAUCUGGCAGCAAGAGCCAAUCAGACAGAUAUCAUCCGUAUUCUUUUAAGGAAUGGAGCACAAGUCGAUGCCCGGGCUAGAGAGCAACAGACACCUCUCCAUAUUGCAUCUCGUCUUGGAAAUGUGGAUAUUGUGAUGUUAUUACUGCAGCAUGGAGCAGCAGUUGACUCUACUACAAAGGACAUGUAUACAGCUCUGCACAUAGCUGGAAAGGAAGGGCAGGAAGAGGUCGCAUCUGUUUUAUUGGAACAUGGAGCAUCUCUCACAGCUACAACAAAGAAAGGCUUCACACCACUUCAUCUCGCUGCAAAAUAUGGGAACAUGAAAGUUGCAAAGCUUUUACUUCAGCGUGAUGCCCCUGUCGAUGCGCAGGGAAAGAAUGGUGUUACACCUUUGCAUGUGGCUAGUCACUAUGACCAUCAAAAUGUUGCCCUUUUGUUGCUCGACAAGGGAGCCUCUCCACAUGCCACAGCUAAGAAUGGCCACACACCUCUUCAUAUAGCAGCAAGGAAGAAUCAGAUGGAUAUUGCUACCACUUUGCUCGAGUAUGGUGCAAAAGCAAAUGCAGAAUCAAAAGCUGGAUUCACUCCUUUGCAUCUGAGCUCACAGGAAGGACAUACAGACAUGUCCACUCUGCUAAUAGAACAUCAGGCUGAUACCAACCAUAAGGCAAAGAAUGGUCUGGCGCCACUACACUUGUGUGCACAGGAAGACAGGGUAAAUGUUGCAGCGAUUCUGUUAAAGAAUGGAGCAGAAGUUGACACAACAACAAAGGCAGGAUAUACACCACUUCAUGUCGCGAGCCACUUUGGACAAAGCAACAUGGUUCGCUUCCUUCUACAGCACAAAGCAAAUGUGGCAGCUGCGACCAGUAUUGGUUACACUCCAUUGCACCAAGCUGCACAACAGGGUCAUGCCCCAAUUGUAAAUAUAUUACUGGAUCAUAAGGCACCUCCAAACAUCCUCACUAGUCAAGGGCAGACAGCUCUUUCCAUUGCACAGAAGCUUGGAUAUAUCAGCGUUGUGGAGAGCUUAAAAGUUGUGACUGAGACUGUGAUACCUACUAAUGCUACAGCCAUGCUGACCGAAGAGAAAUAUCGAGUUGUUGCUCCAGAAACAAUGCAAGAAACAUUCAUGUCUGACUCUGAGGAUGAAGGAGGUGAAGAUACAAUGCUCAGUGAUCAGCCUUACAGAUACCUGACAGUAGAUGAAAUGAAAAGCCUUGGAGAUGAUUCACUGCCAAUUGAUGUUACAAGGGAUGAAAGAAUCGAUUCCAAUAGAGAAUGUAUGGCUCCACCAACAGCAGUUGAUGAUACUAUCAGCCCACAACAUGCCAAAGAAACAUACACUCCAUUUGUAACAAAUUAUGCACCAGACAAUGUGGAUAUUAAUAGGCAUCCCGUUCAUGUUGGGAAGCUACACUGGAAGAAUUUCCUGGUAAGUUUCCUUGUGGAUGCAAGGGGAGGAGCAAUGCGUGGUUGCCGCCACAGUGGCGUGAGAGUCAUUGUUCCACCACGGCGGGCAGCAAUGCCAACACGUGUCACUUGCCGCUAUUUGAAGAGGGACAAAUUGACACAUCCACCACCUUUAAUGGAAGGAGAGGCAUUGGCAAGUCGAAUUCUAGAGCUGGGUCCAGUUGGUGCAAAAUUUUUAGGACCAGUGAUUAUUGAGGUACCACAUUUUGGUUCUUUGAGAGGAGUGGAACGUGAAAUAGUCAUACUUCGCUCAGAUAAUGGUGAGACAUGGAGAGAACACACUACAGAUGCCAGUGAUGAGGCUAUUCAUGAAGCCAUCAAUGAGAGUUUUGAAGGAGAAGAAUUAAAUGCCCUGGAAGAUUCAAGUUCUGGACGAACAACUAGAAUACUGACAAAUGAUUUUCCUCAGUACUUCGCUGUGGUGUCUCGAAUAAGGCAAGAAGUUCAUGCAAUUGGACCUGAAGGUGGAAUGGUUUCCUCUUCUGUUGUACCACAGGUGCAAGCUGUAUUUCCACAAGGAGCACUUACAAAGAAGAUCAAAGUUGGACUUCAGGCACAGCCAAUUGCAGCUGAACUCACAGCGAAGCUUCUAGGCAAUAGGGUUGCUGUAUCACCAAUAGUAACAGUGGAACCUCGAAGGAGAAAGUUUCAUAAACCGAUUACCCUGACAAUCCCUGUUCCACAAGCAGCAAACAAGGGCAUGAUCAACCAGUAUUCAGGAGAUGCACCAACCCUGAGACUCCUGUGUAGUAUUACAGGAGGGACAACACGAGCCCAGUGGGAGGAUGUAACUGGGUCAACACCACUCACAUUUGUCAAUGACUGUGUGUCUUUCACAACAACAGUAUCUGCAAGAUUUUGGCUGAUGGAUUGUAGAAAUAUUGGUGAAGCCACAAAAAUGGCAACAGAGCUGUACAAGGAAGCAAUUCAUGUUCCUUUUAUGGCCAAAUUUGUUGUUUUCGCAAAACGUGUCGAUGUUCUCGAAGCCAGACUUAGGGUGUUUUGCAUGACUGAUGAUAAAGAAGACAAAACAUUAGAGCAUCAGGAGCAUUUUACUGAAGUUGCAAAGAGUAGAGAUGUUGAGGUGCUCGAAGGAAAACCACAGUACAUUGAAUUUGCAGGGAACUUGGUUCCUGUUACAAAGUCAGGUGACCAGUUACAACUCGGAUUCAGAGCAUUUAGAGAGAAUCGUCUUCCAUUUACUGUACGUGUCAAGGACCCACAUGCUGAUACAGUUGGCCGCAUACUUUUCAUGAGAGAGCCGAAGGUUGCAAAAGGUGAACCACCCCAGCAGCCAGUCUGCAUAUUAAAUAUUGUACUCCCUGAAACGAUAUUACCUGAAUCCGGACUGUCAGAACCAGAUCUUGUUUCCUUACAGAAGAAAUACAGCUUCCUCCGUGAUGGUGGUUUUGGUCGAAUUAAUGCUUUCCGGCACAUGAAUUUACGUUUAUCAGAUAUUAGUAACUUGCUGGCGGAAGAUUGGGUGAUUCUGGCCAAUGAACUUGGAGUUUCUACAUCCGAUGUAAAUAUAAUAAAAACAGAAUUUCCCAGUAGUGUAGCUCAACAAGCAAUGGCAAUGUUGAGACUCUGGGUACAACAGUCAGGAAAUAAAGCAACAGCUAACACACUGGAGAAAGCACUGAGGAAAAUUGGCCGUGAUGAUAUCAUUCAACAGUGCAUUUUCAAUGUUGAUGAGAUGGAUGAAGCUGUUGAGAAAGUUCGGCAAGACCAAUCAGGAUUUGACCUCUUGAAAGAAGAGUUAGGACCAUCAAGAAAUGCAUCAUUACAUCGAGAAACUGCAGUGGACAUUACAGCAUAUGAUGAACAAGAUUUAAUGAAGGAAUCAGAAUCUGUUGAAGAGCUUGUGCAAGCAGAGAAGAAGAAAUCACAUGAAGACUUUCAAAUACAAAAAACAGAUGUAAUACUGAAGGACUGGCCUCUGAAGGAGAGAGAUGAUGUUGAUGAAUCAGAAGAAAGGAAGUAUAUUGGUGAAGAAAAAGUUGUUGAAGAAGAAAGACGAACAGUUGCUCAGCUGAAAGAAAUAUUUGCUCAAGAUAAGCGUGAUCGUCAGUAUGAAAGACAGCCAAUAAUUAUAUCAGACGAAGAGGCAAUGAAGAGGCACACAUCAGUAAUUACUGAAAGUGAUUCACCUAUACCUCCAUCAAAAACUGAAGAUGACACGUCACGGCUGUCAACCUCCACUUUUGAGGAUAGCACAAUGGAAGAUGAAAUGUCACAGAAGCAAGUGUCCUCUCCUGAACAGUUACCAGAGGAAGCCGUUCCUAUUAAAGUUACACUAAAAGAGGAUCAGAGACGAGAUUCCGAACUUUUUCAGGGUGUUAGUGAAGGGCUGGUCAGACUGGAUGAUUCCUACAAGGUGAUUCCAACUGGAGAAGAAAUCCUGUCACCAAAAGUUUCGAAAACCCCGCCCCCAAGUCCAGCUGAGUUCAAGGAGCAAACAGGAACAGCGAUAUGGCAGGAAGGUCCACUGUUAACAGCUGAACAUCAGCCUCCUGCACAAGGUAGGAUGAUGCACAAGUAG